GGGAAGCAACUAAUCAGAGAAAGAACAUUUGAUUUUCGGAGCAAUUACAAAGAGAGAAGCAAAGUUCGAGCACUAAAGAAGUUGGGUUUGUUGGGUUGGUGGAUCGAUUUGUACCGGAAACCGAGUCAUCUGGAUUUGUGGAACCGAUUGGACGGAGCCUUUCUUCUUUCUUAAAAGUAACCGUAUACUUAAAAGAGAAGCUUAAAUUUGGACCUGCAUUUGAACCAAGCUACCACAAUUUACUCCUAGAUAUAGAGGAUGUAUCCCAUGUACAGGUUCAUGGACACACAUCCUUACCAAAGGAAUCAAGUACCUCAUGAUCCACCUUAUUACCCCCAGUUCGAACCGAAUCAUCAUCAUUUGAACAUUGAUCCAGCUAGAUCUUCUGUAGCUUAUAAAACCUGGCCUUGUGUUGGUAACUAUGGGCAUCCUUAUCCACCCCCUUGUCACAAUUGUUGUAUCCAUAACAAUUCCCCAAGCGAGUGUGCAUUCAGUCCUCCUUAUCCCUACUUUCCACUGCCUCUCUACAGCAACUGUAGCUAUCCAGCAUAUCCGAUGGUGUAUGCUGCUAAUUGUGUUCCUCCACAUUUUACUAUGGAUCAGCCUCGGUACGAAUAUGAUAAGAAUAUGGGAAUUGGUCAUCACUGCUGUGGCUGUCCAAAUCAUUCAUGUAAUAAGAAAGGAGGGAACAACGUUAAAAUAGAAGAACAGGACCAGGAUAAGAAAAAUGAAAGCAAUGAGUCUUUGGUUCCUUUUGGGUUCAAGAAUUGUCCUUAUCCUGUUCUGUGUAUGCCACCUGAUUAUAUGAAGAAUAGCGCGCACGUGAAGCCUAAUGGAUUUGAAGGUAAACGGGAUGAGGUGAAAGAUGUGAAACCGUAUGGUGAUUGCAGAUCUUUCGAACAACCAAAUAUCUGGAAUGUAUGGUCUCCUUAUCAAGGGAACAACUCGGAAUUACCAAAGCAAAGGGGAGAUCCACCCAGAAAACAACACCACGAUGAUAUGAACAAGAAACAGUUUCCAUUUCCAAUAAUCUGGAUGCCUUACAAACCUGAGGAAACAGACGGCAAAGUUAGCAAGGAGACUGGUGUUGAUCAAGAGCAGACCUCCCCCUUAAAAUCUACCAUACCAAAGUUACAUGAUGUUGAAGAGGAAAGAAGCGAUUCUAGAGAAAAGGAAGUGAAUAGUGGAAGUGAAAUCCGCGGAAAGGGACUGAAUAAAGAUUCUGUUACGAAAAUCAUUCCAGUAAGGCAAAUGGAGCAAAUUGAGGAUGUCUUGGAUGGAAAACCGGAAGAUGCUUCCCAACAGCAUGUUGUUGAUGCUAAAGAGAAGAAAACAACUGAAGACGGUGGCAAAAAGCAGUCGUCUACUCCUACAAAGUCAUCCAAGCUGCCCCCUGUUUGUCUAAGAGUUGAUCCCCUGCCUAGGAAAAAAAGCAGUAAUGGCAUUUCUAGGUCCCCUAGUCCUCCUGGCGUGAAACGGAAAUUAGUAGAAUCGCCAAGUGACAGCUCCAAAUCUCCCAUCUUAUCGAAUGAGAAGGAGAAUGUUCAUCUUGACAAAUCAUCCACAACAGGUACGCCGGAGAAAAGCAUAGAAGUGGAACCAAGUAAAGGAAAAAGAAAAGUUGUUGAGGUUGCCCUAGGGACUAGCAAAGAAGAUAAACUUCAAGAUCAAUAUACGGUUUUCCCUGAUCUGAAAGGGAAGGCAAGGGGCCAAAGAAGUGAGGGUGAUACUAGUAAAGCAACCAAUGAGCUCAAGCAUCAACCUGAUGGAGCAGCAGCAGGAGCUCAGUCCAACAAUCAAGGACAUCAGAUUGGUGAGGCCAGAGAAGCAGCAAAGGGAAAUGAGGGUGUAAUUGUGUACAUGAAACCAGAUAGGAGUAAGCUGUCUGAUGAUAAGGCGGCUACCGUGAUUCAGUCGGCAUACCGAGGGUUCAACGUGCGGAGAUGGGAGCCUCUGAAGAAAUUAAAGCAGAUAACUAAAAUAAAGGAGCAGACGGCUGAGCUUAAAAACUGUAUUCAGGCUUUGGAGAGCUCAGCUGACAAUGUAGCUGACAACAAACAGAGGACUAUUCUCACAGAAGCCGUAAUGGGUCUUCUGCUGAAGCUUGAUGCUAUUCAGGGGUUACAUCCAACUGUUAGGGAAUUUAGAAAAUCUGUAGCAAAGGAGCUUGUUAGCCUGCAGGAGAAGCUGGAUCAUCUGAACUGUAAGAAGCAACUGGCAGAAAGUGAACAGGCUUUAACUGAUCAAUCCAGCGGGGAUGCAUGCAGGACGGUGGAAGACAACAUUUCCAUGCAGGGAGGCCAAGAGGUGCCAAAGUUUGAACAGGAUGGCGAUUUAGCGCAGGGGGGUGAAGGAAUAAAGUUACAUGCAAAGGAGCCCUGUCAAGAGCAGCCUCUUUGUGCGGCAGAGACACUGCCCAACUCUCAUCACGUAGGCAAUGCAGAGGAAGUGGUCGGUAAAGAAGAAAGUGAGAAUGUUGAGGAGGUGGUGGAGAACUUUUCAAGUGGUGGUGCAGUGGAGAUGGUGGAUGAGGCAACAGAAUCACUUUCUGAAUCUAAAGAAAAUUUGAAUGAUAAGUCACCUGAUGAGAAUGCGGUAGUAGUUGAGAAAUCAGAAGAGCACGACAAAGCUGAACAAUCUUUGCUAAAUCCUAUUCCAUUUUCUGUGGAACUAACAGAAAAUUUGGGUUUAGAGGUCAGAGGUUGUGGUUUGAAGGAGAAAGGUGAAGGUGUUGAUGAAUUGGAAGAGCUCCCGCGAGGAGUCCUUGAUGAAGAGACUAGUGUUCAAGGGUCUACUGAGAUCAGAAAAGACGAGGUCCUCCAACAUGACAAUGGAAACCUUACUGCUCAUAUUCCUGAAGAAAAAGUCUCUGAUACAGAGAGGCGAGGGCAUCACCACUUGGAAGCAUUAGGUGAAACACUAGUUGUUUUGGGGCCAAUGAACAUGCACAGCAGCAAUGGACAAAAAGAAAAUUCAGAAGUACUGGAAACAGAUAAAACAGUACGAGUUGACGCUACAGAACAGGAGAAAGAAGCUCUCAGACCAUUAAAUGAAGAUGGGAAGAUCUCUGAUGUUGAUGAUAAGGUUGGUAUGGAGGAUGGCGAGGAACGUGGGCAAUGCGGCACUGGAUCAGAUGCGUUUCCAAUAUACUCACAGGAAGAAACAAUCACCAUGAAGCAGUCUACAGAUGCCACCAACAUGGAGGAAUUGGAAACAACUGAAGUUCUGCAGGAGAAAAUGCAAAAUGCAGUAGAGAGAGACAUUGAAAUCCUUAAUUCAAAAAACCCCAUUGAACUGUCAGCAGAACCUCAACUUUCUACUGCUACCAUUGACGUGGUCAAAGAAUAUUAUGCUCAGGAUAUGCAGAAUGUUGGGGAAGAAAAUAUGGAGGCGCAAGGUGAGGAAUUGCCUGCUCGCAGUGAUGCUUUGGUCUCUGUACUCAAUAGUGAAUGCAAAGAGAAUAAUGUGGAGGUUGAGCAGAGGCAUCUGGAGGAAAACUUUGAGAUGCAAGAGGAAGAACCAGUGGCUGCUGAUAACGCUGCACCGGUGACCAAGGAACCAAUGGAUGAAAGUAUAGUGAUGGCUGCUCCAAAAUCGGAAGCUGCAACUACUGAUACGCAGCUGUUAGGGGAGAAAGAGCUCAGUGCAGCAGAGGACCGCAGCACAUAUCCAUCGACAUGUGAUACUGUGGAAGGUAAUACAGCUGGUGCUGUCCAUUCUUUUGGUUCUACGCCUAAUGAAGUACGAGUUAUGGAUGCAAAGGAGCUUAAAGAAUGGAAGAGGGUGGAAAUGUCACCAUCAUCACCUACUGCUAGCCAAGUAUCCUUUGAUAGUGAUGCAUUCUCAGAGAGCAGUCAAAAGCUUAUAGAAGAGAAUGAAAAACUAAGGGAGAUGAUGGAGAAACUAAUAAAAGCAGGGAAAGAACAACUCACUGCUGUAUCCAGUCUCUCUGGAAGAGUUAAGGACCUGGAGAAGAGAUUGUCCAGGAAGAAGAAGCUGAGAUUGAGACGAUAUAGGGUACCAAGAGCAGGUUCAGUCUGUAUGAAGCCAUCGAAUGACUCACUGAAAGACAGAGCUGCGGGGUUGGCAAUGUGAGUACAUAAAUCUUGGUGAAACCUUGUGAUGAGAUAGUAGUUUGGUAGAUGUGGUCUGUAUCUGUGUGUGAUUGUAUGCUAUAUAUCUGGAAUAACAGUUAUAAAUAAGCCUUUUUCUUCUCAGUUGUUGGCCUUUCUUACCACAGCAAAAUUAUAUCUAAAUUAGAAUUUCCCUUGAAGAAUCA